AUUACGAUAUUAGGGCUUAUGUAACAUCACUUCACUUACCUGGAUAUUACAACACUAUAGAAAUGUCAUUUACUGAGGAAACAGAACUUCCUACAUUAUUUGAUCAUACUUUGGAAUGUAUUAAAAAGUGCUAUUUAGAUGAAUCAUAUGAAUAUACCUCAUUCAUAAAAAAUACUUCCAUAGAUAGUAAUUUUAUGAAUGAAGUAUCAAAGUGCAAUUUGUGUAAAGGAGCAUUCUUAUAUGUUAAUUUAAAAUUCGAUAAUGUUUCUUCCAUGUUACAAAAGUUUUACAUAUAUGUAACUCAAGGUCUUAAGCUCCAAAAAGUAACAUCAUUAGUUAGAACAUUAGAUAUUUAUCAAGAUUACAGCAAUUUUUUAUCUCAUGAUGUUAAUUGGUAUACAUUCUUAUUCUUAUUUAGAAUUACAAGUUUUCAAGAAAUUGCACAAAAAAAUGUGGCUGAAUCUUUGUAUCUAAAUUUGAAAGACGAAGAUUCAUUUCAUAGAAGUGUUACUACAUGUUAUUGGUUUCCAUCACCCAUAAAGAAAUAUUAUACAUUAUAUGUUAGAAAACAUAUCCCAAAUAAUUUAUUGGAUGAAUUAUUGAAACAAAUGCGAAAAUCUACAAUACAGAAGAUGAAAAAAUCUAUCACGUUUUUAGUACAUGUUAAUUCAUUUUUACAAUUAGAUUUUUUUCAUAACCUUAAUGAAGCACCCUUUGGAUUACCCCGUGCACAUCCUUUAUCAUUAAUUCUUGAACAUAAAUUUAAAGAAUGGAUAGAUGGUUCCCCUGCAGGUUUUUAUUUUUCAAAUUAUCAAAAUCCAUAUAUAAGAAAAGAAUUACAUAAUCGAGUAUUAGAUCUGAAAUUCGAACCACCAAAAAUAAAUGAAUGGAAUAAAGUUUUAAAAAGAAUAAUUGAAUCUGCGUAUGAAAUGUAUUUUGAACAAAGGCAUGUUAAAAGUUUAUUUAAAUAUCAUAAUAUUUAUAAUAUAAAUAAUAAAAUAAUGCUAAUGAGAGAUGCAUAUGAUAUAUUUAGAAAGAAUGUUGACGAUAUUUUAUUUUUUGCUGAUAUAAUUAAUAU